GGAUGCUUCCAACUCUUUGGAAGAGACUCAGAUGCUGCAGAGGAAGACUUCAUCCCCCAGGCGUUUCCAGCCAAGGUGUCUUCAGAGCAGCCUGGGGACAGGACUUAGAGAUCUGUUCAAAGGCCACUUAGAAUUUGGGCAGUAGGUUCACCACCACUACCACCCCCAGGUUGUGGUUUGGUUUUUAGUUUUUUGUUUUUUUUUUUUCAUUUUAUUUUUUAAUUUACAGCUGGACAUGGUGGUGGAUGCCUCUUUAAUCCCAGCACUCUGGAGGAAAAGAUAGGCCAGGACUACACAGUCUGUCUCCAAAAAACAUUAGUUUAUCAUUUGGUGUUUUGGCUUUUCAAGACAGGUGUCCUGGAUCUUGAUCUGUAGAUCAGCCUCUCCUCAGAACUCAGAGAUCCACCUGUCUCUGCCUCCCAAGUGCUUGCUGGGAUUAAAGGUGUGUGCCACAACCACCCAGCAUUUAUUGUGUGUUUUUGUGCACAUGAAUAGAAAGGCCAGUAGAGGAUGUGGGAGCCCCCUGGAGCUGCCAGGGUUGUGGAUGCUGGAAAUCAAACUUGGGUCCUCUGCAAGAACAGUAUGUGCUCUUAACUGCUGAGCCAUGUUCCAGCCCCAGAAUUGUGUUUAAACAGCUAUGCUAGGAUUAUAACUAUGUCCAAGCCCACGGGACAUUUUUUUGUACCUGGUUGUGCCCCAGACACCUUUACUCCUAGAUUUGGCCACUGAAAUAUUCAGACUAGCAUUUUACCAGACAAGGUUUCCUGGGCUGACCCCACAAUUCAACUCAAGCAAUCCUGCCUCAGCCUGAGGAGCUACCGCUCUAGGAACAUAGGCAGUGGCAUCUAGUUUCUGAGUAGGAUUCUCAUCUCAGCCGGCACCCUCAAAGAGCAGCAAGUAGAACUGUCAUUGAAGAACAAUGGAAACCGUCUCUUAGACCUUGCUCUUUAGGGCUCUCAGCAUCCUCUGCUCCAAUUCAGAAUCCCUUUUGCAUCCGGACGAGUUCGUGCAUGGAGGAAAGGCUGUUCUGGCUGGCUGGCCUGAAGCCCUAUUUUCCCUGAUCAAGGGACUGCACAGUAUACUGAGCCACCCAACUCCAAAGAGCCUGUGCUAUGUUGGUGACACCCUCCCCAGUGCUGACACAAAACCGGGUGUGGCACGCAGCCUUGUACUAGAGCAACCUCUGCACGCCAGGUAGGAGGUCUGAGGCAAGGACCCCUACCUGGGCCGGAGUGGACUUGAAAAACCGCUUCCGGUUUUCCGGCGGCCCUCGGCCUUCCUGCGUUUCGCUCUAAAUCGUGGCUCUGCUAAGCCACGGUGUCUGCGCGCCCGCUGUGACGGGGCGUUCCCGCCGGCUACAGGACCGUCGGACCGCCGUCCCCGCCCCUGCACAGGCCCCAACCCCGCCUCCGCAGCGGCCGCUUUACGGCGGAGGCCGUGCCACGCUGUAGGCGGCCGUAAAGCCUGGAGGCGGCACCGCCUCUCGAGGCUGAGCCCUGGCCCGGCGCCCGCACCAUGGCGGGCGCUUCCUCGCGCGUGCACUACCUGUCCGACUUCGGCUGCCCGCUCGGGGGCCGGGCGGGGGGCCAGCCGCGAGUGCUGCGUCAUGAGGCGGAGAUCUUUCUGUCCACAGGGCGCGAGUUCGUCUAUGUGUACGACCAGGAGGGAGGGAUGCUGACGGCGGUGUACCAGUUUCCCGACCAGGUGUGGCACCUGCAGCUCCUGGCCAUCCGCAGGGCACUCUACGUCCUGUGUGCACGGACUGGCAUCUACUGUCUGUCGUUGGACUCCCAGAACAGGUCUGUGAUCCAGGCCUGUGAGGACAAAGAGGAUGAGGCUCACCCUUGCCCUGUGACCCAUGUGGACCCAGAUGCCUGUGUCCUCCCUGAUGCGGCUCUCUGUGCCUUCACUGUGCUGGAUGACAUGCUGGUCACCCUGGUACAGGGCCCCACCCAGUGGAAGAUGCAGCUCUUUGAGCGUCCCUGUCCAGGGGAGGAGCCUCAGCCUGGAGGCCAGGUUGGUGAGGUGGAGUUGUCUACCUGCACCCCUCCAGGUGGGGUGCCGGGAAAGCCUGCAGCACCCUGCUUCCUGCCGGUGCUGUGCUGUGUGUUCCCGCCAGGCUCCAGGGCACCUCACGGCCACCCGCAGGGCUGUGGCUGCUUUGUGCUAGAGGAGGCUCUCUUUGGCCUACUCUUUGGAGCUGAUGCCAGCCUCCUGCAGUCCCCUGUGAUCCUCUGCGGUCUUCCUGAUGGCCAGCUUUGUUGUGUGGUUCUGAAGACCUUAGUCCCUUGUGGGUUAGCCCCCAGUGACCCAAAGGUCCUGGUCAAGAUCCUCCAUCACCUGGAGGAACCUGUGGUCUUCAUUGGGGCUCUGAGGGCAGAGCCACAUGCUGAGGAAGAGGCAAGGGAGCUGCUGCUUGAGGAGAAUGUGCACUCUGACUGCCUGGUAGCCCUUGGCCACCAAGGCCGGACACUGGCCAUCAAGGCCAGCUGGAGUGAGUCAGGGAAUCUGGUGCCAGAGCUUCGUGAGUACUGCCUCCCCGGGCCUGUGCUCUGUGCCGCCUGUGGCAGGGAUGGCCACAUGUACCACAGCACCCCCUCAAACCUCUGUGUGGUAGACUUGACUCGGAGAGAUGCUCCUUGGAACCCUGAGAAGCCAGACGGGGCCGUAGGAGGUCUGCCCUCCACCCUGUGCCCAGCCAGCUUGAACAUCUGCAGCGCCGUCACUCUCUACGUAUCAUCCAGGGCAUCUACAGGUAGCACCGAGCUCCUGGCCCUGUCUUCCAAAGGACGCCUGAUCACCUGCAGCCUGGACUUGAACUCUGAGGUGCGUGUGCCUGCCAAAAUGGCUAUGGCAAAUGCAGGCCAGAAAAUUAAGGAGCUGCUCUUGGACAUCGGUGAUGUGUCUGAGAGAGUGUCCUUUCUGAAGAAAGCUGUUGACCAGCGCAACAAGGCCAUAACAAGUCUCAACGAGGCCAUGAACGUGAGCUGUGCCCUGCUGUCCAGCCAGGAGGGUGUUCGGCCCAUCUCAUGUACCAUCACUCUCUCCUGGAGCCGCCUGGAGUUGCGAGACAUGCUGAUGGCCACCUGCACACUAGAAAACAGUAGCAGCUUCAGCCUGGACCAGGGCUGGACCUUGUGUAUUCAGGUGCUUACUAGUUCCUCUGCCUUAGACCUGGAUGGGGCUGGUUCAACUUUUACCUACACCAUUCCAGUGGACAGACUUGGCCCAGGAAGUCGGCGGGAAGUGACAUUGCCCCUGGGCCCUAGUGAGAGUGGCAUGCUUGACCUGCCAGUGACCAUGUCCUGCUGGCUCUUCUACAGCCUCAGGGAGGUGGUGGGUGGGGCCCUGGCCCCUUCAGAUCCUCUAGAGGUCCCCUAUCUGGAGAAGCUUCCUCUCAACCUUCCUAAGCAAGAGGGUGUCUGCCUGCCCCUGUGCAAGCGCACAGUGGACAUGCUGCAGUGUCUGCGCUUCCCUGGUGUGGCCUCACAACCUGCACAGGCGCCCUGCGUGCCUGGCCCUGCCUGUGAGCCUGUGGAAACCUUCCUGAAGACCUGCCAAGCCCCUGGCAGUGAGCCAACUGGAGCUGCCUCCCUGCGGGCCAAGUACUUGCCUCCAUCUACAGCAUCCAUCAGGGUGUCAGCGGCGCUCCUCAGGACUGCCCUGGAGGGUGGUCACUCAGGUUUCCACCUGUGCAGUGCCACCCUGCAGUGGCUCCUUGCCGAGAACGCUGCUGUGGAUGUUGUGAGGGCCCAGACACUGUCUUCCAUCCAGGGAAUAGCCCCAGAUGGUACCGAUGUCAACCUCAUCGUCCAUGAGGUAGCUGUGACUGAUUUGAGCCCCGCAGGGCCCAUCCAGGCUGUGGAGAUCCAAGUGGAGAGCUCCUCUCUGGCCAACAUGUGCAGGGCGCACCAUGCCAUCAUCAGACGAAUACAGACUAUGGUCACAGAGCAAGCUGCCCAAGGCUCCAGCCCACCUGACCUCCGAAUACAGUAUCUACACCAGAUCCAUGCCAACCACCAGGAACUGCUCCGGGAGGUGCAGACACUGAGGGACCAGUUGUGUACGGAGGAUGAAGUCAGCUCCUACUCCACAGCCCAGAAGCUCCUGCAGGUUUACAAGCAGCUACGCAACCCUAGCCUUGUCCUGUUGUGACUAGCUGCUGGCCAGCUUCUCGCCACGGCAGGACACACCUCAGGCUGGGUCUGGGACUGGCCUGGCAGCACCCCUCCACUGGAACCUCUGCACCCCUGAUGGGAAGGAUCGUUGCCCAAGUACUCGGGCCAUGGAGACACAGGGUUUCUGGGGCUCAGACUUGUGGGUUUAGGACUGCUCUGCUGCUGACCCCACCACAUCUCAGGAGCACUGACUGCCUCUCUGGAGCCACCAGGUGGCAGAGUGCUCACCCUCAACCAAAGCACAAAGACCAUGGGAGGGCUCCUAUAGAUGCCAACGGCCCAAGCCGCCUCCAGCCGGUGUCCCAGCCGCCUCCUCGGCUGGGCAGUGCCCUGCUGCUGCUGGUGCUGUUUUCACCAUGGGAGGAGAGCAUGUCUGCAGGGCCUUGUGCCUGCUCCUGUUGAGUGCUGUCUGUGAGGUGCUGUGCCGACAAGCUGCUCUUUCCAUGA